AAACCCGGAAACCGCCACCCCACCCACCCACCUACUCACCUCCAUUCCGGAUCCCGACCCGCUUUCCGGACCCGGAAUCCCACCCACCGCCCACUCCUCGCCGGCGAGCGCCGCCGCCGGUGACGCCGCCAUGAAGAGGGCGCGAAGCUCCGAGGUCUUCCUGGGCGGCCGCGGGCGCGCGCGCCGCCGCGUGGCGCCUCUGCUCGCCGCGGUGGCCUUCGUGUACCUCCUGUUCGUGUCAUUCAAGCUCUCCGGCCUCGCCGGCAUCGCCGACCCGGCGGCUGUCACCCGCCCGGCGAGCGGCGGCGCGGGAGAGGUGGUGAUGCCGCGGCGGCUCGAGGAUCCGGCGCCCCGCGCGCGGGGUGAUGGGGAUGGUGUCGCCGUCGCGGGGUACGGUCGCAUCACUGGAGAGAUCCUUCGGCGGCGGUGGGAAGCUGGAGGGAGGGGGCGGAGGCGGUGGGGACGAGGCGGGAACUUCUCCGAGCUCGAGAGGAUGGCCGACGAGGCGUGGGAGCUGGGCGGCAAGGCGUGGGAGGAGGCGUGCGCGUUCACGGGCGACGUGGACUCCAUCCUCUCCCGCGACGGCGGGGGCGAGACCAAGUGCCCCGCGUCGAUCAACAUCGGCGGCGGCGACGGCGAGACGGUGGCGUUCCUCCCCUGCGGGCUCGCCGUGGGUUCCGCGGUGACGGUGGUGGGGACGGCGCGGGCGGCGCGGGCGGAGUACGUGGAGGCGCUGGAGCGGCGCGGGGAAGGGAACGGGACGGUGAUGGUGGCGCAGUUCGCCGUCGAGCUCCGCGGCCUCCGCGCCGUCGAGGGGGAGGAGCCGCCCAGGAUCCUCCACCUCAACCCGCGGCUGCGCGGCGACUGGAGCCACCGCCCCGUGCUGGAGAUGAACACCUGCUUCCGCAUGCAGUGGGGAAAGGCGCACCGCUGCGAUGGCAACCCCUCCAAGGAUGACGACCAGGUGGAUGGAUUAAUUAAAUGUGAGAAAUGGGAUCGGAGAGACAGUGUUGAUUCAAAAGAAACAAAGACAGGCUCAUGGUUGAACAGGUUCAUCGGCCGAGCAAAGAAACCAGAAAUGAGAUGGCCAUACCCAUUUUCAGAGGGGAAGAUGUUUGUUCUUACCAUCCAAGCUGGUAUCGAAGGAUAUCACGUUAGCGUGGGAGGCCGUCAUGUUGCCUCAUUUCCUCAUAGGAUGGGAUUCUCUCUUGAAGAUGCCACAGGUUUAGCUGUGACAGGCGGCGUAGACGUUCACUCUAUAUAUGCAACCUCUCUUCCAAAGGUCCAUCCUAGUUUCUCUCUCCAGCAGGUCUUGGAAAUGUCUGAUAGGUGGAAGGCUCGCCCAGUACCAGAGGAACCAAUUCAGGUUUUUAUUGGCAUAAUCUCUGCUACAAACCAUUUUGCUGAGCGCAUGGCUAUAAGAAAAAGCUGGAUGCAGUUCCCUGCCAUCCAACUGGGAAAUGUGGUUGCUCGGUUCUUUGUUGCACUGAGUCAUAGAAAAGAGAUAAAUGCAGCACUUAAGACAGAAGCAGAUUAUUUUGGAGAUGUUGUCAUUCUGCCAUUUAUUGACCGAUAUGAGCUGGUGGUUCUGAAAACAGUCGCAAUAUGUGAAUUUGGGGUGCAAAAUGUAACCGCAGAGUAUAUCAUGAAAUGUGAUGAUGACACCUUUGUGAGGCUGGAUGUAGUAUUGAAACAGAUCUCCGUCUACAACAGAACCAUGCCUCUUUAUAUGGGUAACCUAAACCUGUUACACAGACCUCUCCGGCAUGGUAAAUGGGCUGUGACGUACGAGGAAUGGCCAGAAUUUGUGUAUCCUCCAUAUGCCAAUGGACCAGGCUAUGUUAUUUCAAUCGACAUUGCAAGAGACAUCGUAUCACGCCAUGCAAAUCACUCCCUAAGGUUGUUCAAGAUGGAAGAUGUGAGCAUGGGCAUGUGGGUCGAAGACUUCAACACCACCGCGCCAGUUCAGUACAUUCACAGCUGGAGGUUCUGCCAGUUCGGCUGCGUGCAUAACUACUUCACGGCGCAUUACCAGUCACCUUGGCAAAUGCUGUGCCUCUGGAACAAACUGUCAUCAGGCCGAGCACACUGCUGUAACUACAGAUGACGCUCACUCAUCCACUCCUUCGAUUUCACAACUGACAGCAGGCAACAUCGAUCGAUCCCCCCAUGAAGGCAAUAUUUUGUGCCGCGCAUACAUGGACCAGGGUCUCCAUUUGCUUGACCUGAAUUCGUCUUGCUCGACUGACAGCGGAUACCAUUUCACAGGAGCUCUUCUACGCCAAGAUAAGUAUUAUAUCGGUGGGAUAUUUACUGCUUCACCUCCCGGAGCUCAUGUGGUAUAUAUCUAGGAGUACCAUACAGCUGUGUUUGGGUGAUUGAGGUGAAUGCGAAUGUGGGUGGGGAAAUGAAAGCCUGAGGCAGGGACAGAAAUCACAUUUGCAUUUUAGCUGCUAGAAGUACGGUACAGGGGCAAAGCAUUUUCUUGUCUGCUAUUUAUGCACUAACUGGAGGUGGACAGUUUUGGAUGAGAUUAUAUCAUUUCUUUUGUUGGUUGUAUGCCAGUAUGUGCUGGUUCUUUGAAUGUGCCAACUCUAUAGCAGUGCAAAGGUUUGAAAGAAAAAAAAAACAGAGAAGUCAAUUAUGUCCUGAAAUUAGUAAUGCAUGCUCGGUAGAAAAAA